ACAUGUGGAUGGAUAGAAAAUAGAACAGAACAUCACAAAGCUAAGUUUUGUUGUUGAAGUCACUCAACAAUGGCUUCUAUCACAUGCACAACUACUCACCAACCCAUCAUUUCGAAUUCUUCCAAGUCACAAAUUUCUUCUUCCUCAAACUUGAGUUCUUCACGGUUUCUUGGUAUCAGAAAAAGAUCAGUUGGAUGGUCAAGCCUCACCUCUAGAAUUAAUGGACCUUCCAAUGGCUCAAGAUUCACAUGCUGGUUCAAAUUUGGUAAGAAUGGUGUUGAUGCGGAAGGUGCUGGCAUUUAUGGUAGCCAGACUCGUAAUGAUUUUGAUAGAGAUGAUGUUGAACAGUACUUCAACUAUAUGGGAAUGCUUGCUGUUGAGGGAACAUAUGAUAAAAUGGAGGCUCUUCUAGGCCAAAACAUCCACCCCGUCGACAUCCUACUUUUAUUAGCUGCAUCAGAAAGUGACAAGCCAAAAAUCGAGGAACUCUUGAGAGCGGGAGCAAAAUAUGAUGUAAAAGAUGCUGAUGGAAAGACAGCCUUGGAUAGGGCUAAUGAUGAAAUUAAAGAUUUCAUUCUUAAUUUUUCAGUGCAGAGAGCAUGAUUAGUCUGUUCCCAUUGUAUGUCAGUUCAGCUACAUAGUUGUUUACAUUAUGAUCAUUUUUGAACAAUGCUAUUUUAUGUGCUUUGGCCUUUGGAUUGAUCAUUAGCAUGAACUUGAUGUCACUAA